AAUAAAUAAAAAAACCAAAACAGAGAGAAAAGAAAGAAGAAGAAGCCAUUGAGCCCUCCGACGAGGCCACUGGACCUCCGUUCAUCCCCGGCCACGGGGCUCUGUCGGGGGUUCCACCCAAACCCACAUCCACCAUGUCCGAAUCCUACGCGCCUCCGCCACCGCCCCGCAAGCCAAGGUUCGUCCCGACGGCUCUGUACAAGCAGCGAUCCUGGUCGCCGGACGCAUCGAGAGAGGAGGCGUGGCAGAGGCAGAAGGGGAGAAGCAAAAAAGGAAGAAGCCGGAGCGUGACGGCGGAGGAUCUGGACGAGUUAAAGGCCUGUCUCGAGUUGGGUUUCGAGUUCGACUCGUCCGAGUUAGACACCCGACUCUCCAAUACCUUGCCGGCUUUGGAACUGUAUCACGCCGUCAAUAAAAGUUACUCCAAUUCCAUCUCCAAGUCCACCGCUACGACGGCGGUUUCAUCCCCCGACCGUGAUUCCGUCAAUUCUCCUUCCCCUCUCGGCAGCCCCCUUGCUAUCCUCGGCUCCUCCGGAAAAAAUCCACAGGCGGUGAAGACAAAGCUCCGACAGUGGGCUCAAGUGGUGGCCUGUUCGCUCAGAAACUCCUCAACCUAAGUCCGGUUAAUUCUAAACUAAACCAUAGUUACUCAAAAGAAAAAUGGACGUCACCGUUCACCCACCACCGCCAGUAUCAUUACUGUUUGAAUUAUUAGUACAAUUUUGGUGAUUGUUUUUGUUUUAGAGGAGUUUUAUAUAAUAUAUAAUUAUUAUAUGCAAAAAUGGAGAGACAAAAAGAAAAAAAGAAGAAGAAAACAGUGGUGGGUGUUAUUUUGUGUUUGAACUUUUUUGUUUUCGACUAGGUUUCUGUUUGAAUUCUGUUGUAAAAAGGUCAAAACUUUGGUGGGUGUCCUUUUUUCUUGGAUAUGAUUUCAUCUUCUUCCAGGUUCUUGAAACACUUUUGGGUAAGUGAUUGUUGAUUUAGGUUUGACGCGCCAAUUAUCUCAAAGUUUGUUCUACCAUGUUUGCUUUUGGCUUAACAAAUAUGGAAAAAUCAAUAUAUGUAUCUUUGUUCA